CUUCCUAAUCGACACAGCCUUAGUUCUAUCUAGUUCUAUCAGCUUGUCUUAGUUUACAUGUGGUUGUUUUUUUUAUUAUUUUUUCAUUUUCCAACUUCCAAUAAUUCGAUUAUACAUCAGUUCUUCCUUCUUUAGUCCUACGCCUCUGUAUCUAGAUACUCUUCUGCUUUGAAAUCUGUGACUUAAUCUGAUCCGCUGUUAACCCACUAUACAUCCAUCCACCAUCUCGAUAGGGGGUUGAAAAGUAUGGUGGUUUAUUGCACCGUGCUGCUGCAGUCACUGGCAUGUCCGCUACGUCGUUAAGGAAGAAAUCUUUUGCACGGAGCACCAAACCAAGCACAAGGAUGUGUAUUCGGGAACCAAGGGAAUUCAUAACCAUGACGUCUGCAGAGAUGUGCUGGCCGGUGCCAAUGAGGGCCAUCGGGGCUCAGAACCUCCUCACCAUGCCAGGAGGUGUAACCAAUGCAGGAUAUCUCCACAAAAAGGGAGGAAGCCAGUUCAGUCUCAUGAAAUGGCCACUGAGGUACAUCAUCAUCCACAAGGGGUGUUUGUACUACUUUAAGAGCAGUACCUCUCCUGCACCACAGGGGGCGUUUUCUCUCAAUGGUUACAACAGGGUGAUGAGAGCAGCAGAGGAGACAACGUCCAGUAAUGUUUUUCCUUUUAAGAUUGUCCACUUCAGUAAGAAACACCGGACAUGGUUCUUUUCUGCAGCCAGUGAGGACGAGAGGAGGAAAUGGAUGCGAUACCUACGAAGGGAAAUAGAUCACUAUAAUGACAGAAAGGAGCCUCACCUUCCAAGUGACUCAGAUUCAGAUACAGAAAGCUUUUAUGGCACGAUUGAGAGGCCCAUGGAUAUUAAACAUCCUGUUGACACCACAGAAGACGAUUAUGUUGAUGAUGAUGACGAUGAGGAAGACUAUCUGAAGCCAGACAGCGAAAGUUCACCAGCAUCUGCAGGUCGACCCACGGGGCCACCCCCUUCCUACCCUCCCCCGCCGGUGCCAGCGACAUCCCCACUCCGUCGAGACUCCAGUCCAAGUUUCCAAAAGGGCGUGCCUCCACCCAUCCCGCCACAGCACCAAAACCCAACUAGCCCGCUCCCCAAAAAGCCUCCACCUUCUGUUCCCCCUUCUUCACUUCAUAAGGAAAUAAGUAAAAGUCUGCUCUCUCCACCACCUUUUACCCCCCCUCUGCAGAAGACCUCACAUACCACGCCUCCUGUACCUCCUCCUCCUAAUUCAAAGAAAACACUUCAAAGUAGGACAACAUUUGUUGGGGGUUUCGGGAAUGACAGAAGAGACUGGGGGUCUCAUUCAACAGUGACUAUCCAUACGCCUGCCACUCUGCCCAUCUGCGACCAGUUAGAGACCAGGUUGGCUCUGAAUGGUCCGGCCCACGGCUCCCUUACUACUGGGGGGACCCUGUCAUUGGGAAACAACUGUGUUCGCAGCAAGCCAAGUGUCCCACUUCCACAAUCUGGAAGCUCUGGAGGGUCCUGUCUAGCACCCAACCAUACACCCUUACCAGACCAGCCUCCACUGUCUCCGCUACUGAAAGCUGAACUACACGGUAGACCAGGGAUGCCUAGACCACCUCCACCAACAGGCAAACCAACACCACCUUCAACUAAACCCAAGCCAGGAGCACCUUUUCAAAGAGCAUCUCCAGAAGGCCAGAGCUUCCGCUCACUGGGGGACGACACGGUCACCGAGUUCAGGAAGAAACGAAACUCAGCCAUACUCAGCGGACAUGAUGAUUCUGAUGACGAUUAUGAGAACGUGUCAUUGCCGGACUCAGUCUUCAUUGAUUCAACCGAAACCAGCUUUGUAGAAAAGUUAUUCAGAGAGAGCUCCAUUCAUCCACAGGAUGGAUUGUAUGGCAUCAGAAACUCUGGAACCAAAACAGCAAAGGUGCUGGUGGUUUGGGAUGUCAGUAUAAACAAAGCCAGAAACUACAGACUCUUCGAAGAGAGCGACUGCAUAUUUCUGGAAAGUGAUAUGACCUUCUCCAACCUGUCUCAUCUGAUUGAACACUACUACAGCCAUCCUCUUCCUCACCAUAGCUCACUCUGCCUGCAGAAGCCUUACAUGAAGACAUAGAGCCCCUAAAAACAUAUACAAGAAGCGAACUAAAACACAACUGAACACCAAAAAAAUAAAUCAUUGACUUUCACAAAAAUAUAUCCUGGAGAGGGGCAUUGACAAACUGGACUCUUAAUAGUUACUAAUUACAUAUAUAAAUAAUCAGACAUCUGCUCUGGUUUGGAGACAUUCCUUCUGCUGUGUGCAAACUGUGCAGAAUUAGCAUGAAAUUAUGAACAUUAUAAAGCAGAAUCUGACUGGAAGUUGAAUGGCUGUAAUGCAUUUUGUCCGCUGGGGAGCAGCUUCAGGCCGAUAGGUUGAAAACUCUUUGGUCUGGUCAGCCUCAUGGAUGUGCACAUGUGUAUUUGUGUUUUAAUCAGAUGCAGAUUUUUUUAAUGUGUAC